AUGAGUAACCUCAGAAGCCUGAGCUUCUCUAAGAAGGGCAAGAAACCUGGUUUGAUGCUUGGAUUAGGCGAAAGUGGAAGUUUCUUGAAGAACAUCAAGUUACUGAAGGGUAAAAGCCGUAAGAAUGGCCAGCCGAUUAGCGAAAACAUGAAGAAAGUUGGUCAACUAGCACAAAAAUGCAACACAAAUGGUGGUCAAACUUGUUUACCAGAUAUCGGAGCUAACUACGAAACUCAAUUGCUUCGUGUUAGCUCUGCAGAAGAGUCUUCGCUCUCUGGAGACGAAAUGUUGGGAGAGAGAGACUGCUUUUCACCGGUGGUAGAGAGUGCUGCAGAGCUGCCAAGUAGUUCACCAUUCCAAACGUCGUUCAAUGGUGACGGCAUUCGCAAGCCGUCUUUCAAAACUGGGCAGCACAAUGGAUUGGCAGCGACAGCUUCCACUACCACAUUAAGAAAAGAUGAUAAUGGACCAUUCGCUCGUGGCAAGCUCACUAGAAAUGGAGUGAAGAAAGAUACAGUUCUGCCGGGUCAAAACUCAAGAGGUAAAUUGAGAAGAAUCCAUUCCAUGUUUGCUUCACAGAAAGAAGCAUCUCGGUCCUACGAUGACCCAGCACCGAACACUUUGCAUUCACCAGACGGCACAGAUAGUUCCAGCCUUCCCGCAUUCAACUCACGGCUAGAAAAGAGCGGUAUUUCGCACUAUUAUGACGAUAAGUCCGACGAUCAUUUCCCUCGCAUCGACGUAGAGACUCUGGUCGGUAUUAUGGAUGGUCAAUUCAAGGCGCACUACAAGGCCGUUCAUAUUGUCGAUUGCAGGUUUGAAUACGAAUACCAGGGCGGCCAUAUAGGUCAAGCCAUCAACAUAAAUACCCGGGACGCUUUGGAAUCUCGUUUCCUCAGAAACUCUAAUGAUGUCUCAAAUUGUAAACAACCCUCACUCAUGGUUUUCCAUUGUGAAUUCAGUUCAUAUCGCGGUCCCAUAAUGGCUUCCCAUUUGAGAAACUGCGAUCGCAUGCUGAAUCACGAUAACUACCCAAAGUUACACUAUCCGGAUAUUCUCGUCGUUAAAGGCGGUUACAAGUCUUUCUUUGAUCGAUACAGUAGUCGGUGCUAUCCACGCUGUUACAUAGGCAUGGACUCAUUGGAGCACGUCGCAUUGUGCGAGAGCGAAAUGGAGAAGUUUCGCAAGGACAGCAAAAAGAUCGCUACACGCGCCAGUUCAACGGAUUCCUUGGGUAAAGGCCGAAGCUCUUCGCAGCCCAAGUUAAGGCGAAAUACCAGCAUGAGGCUCAAUGGUCAGUCCGCUAUAUCUGGCAUGGGAGGCACGACAGAUCAUACGUAUCAAUCCUACUACACGAAUAGGAGCAGCCUGUCCUUCAAAUACGAAGCUCCUCCAAAAUUGUCAUUCACUAGUUACUGCAGCAGCUCUGAAAGUCGAAGCCCAAGCAGCGUCUCUAGCAGUAAUGGGAGUACAGGACUACUCUCUCAGGAUGAACUACGCGACGACACUGGAAGCACAGAUUUGGACAAUGUUAGUUUUGAAGACUCCAGCGUCAGUGCUCAACAACAAGAAAGGACCGAACCCGGUUUUCCCAUGACGAACCCGAAAAGAUCUCUAUUCGGCUCUAUUUUAAGGGAAGAGGAAGGGUAG